AUGGUACCAGUCGAUUCAAAAUCAGAAACAUCAAAAAGGUCAGCUUCACUGCUAGUAUCGUCAUCAAGGAAUUCUGACAGACCUAACAAGUUUGAAGAGCGAUCGAAUAAGAAGUCAAAGUACGGAAAGAAACCGUUUCAUGAUGAUGACUUUGCAAAUGACAGUUAUAGUAGUAAUCGAAGAGUCAGCUCUUCAAGGCCAUUCAAAUCAAGUUACAAUAAGAAAGAUUUCCCUCCUAGAAGAGGAGAUUAUAGAGGAAGAGGAGGGUUUCGUGGGAGGGGAGGCAGAGGAAACAGAUCAUAUAGAAAUGGACUAGGCCAUUCUGAGACUGGUGGAAACGAUGAAAUGGAAGAAGAUCUAUUUGCCGAACUAGAUCGAUCAUCUAGCAAUACCGUACUACUGAAGGAUCAAGAUUCCAAAAAGGUUAUCAAUUUCAAGAAUAUUCCCAAGGGUCCAAAAUCAAGAUCCCGUAACUAUCCUGCCCUUGGGCCCUCUUCAUUAAGACAUGAUAAAUAUGUGCCGUCAAGUUCCUCACCAAAAAACACCACGUUUUCAACCAGUUCAGCAAAUAGCCAAGAUUCUGCUCAAUCACACAUCAUUAAAAAAAUCAAAGUAACUUAUCAUGAAACUACAAGAACCACGCCAAUUUUCGAAAGAGUUAUACAGGUUGGCGAAGGGACCUACGGGAAAGUUUACAAGGCCAAAAAUGCCGUCACCGGGAAGUUUGUGGCUCUAAAAAGGCUAAGGUUGGAAGGUGAAAGAGAAGGUUUCCCGAUUACCGCGAUGAGAGAAAUUAGACUAUUACAAUCAUUUAAUCAUGCCAAUGUUGUUGGAUUACUAGAAAUGAUGAUAGAAAAAAGAAGCAUUUAUAUGGUGUUUGAUUACAUUGACAAUGAUCUCACCGGUAUUUUGAGCCAUCCUGAGGUGAAACUAUCGCCAGCCAAUUGCAAAUAUUUAUUCAAGCAAUUAAUGGAAGGUAUUGAGUAUUUGCAUUCGAAAAGGGUGAUUCAUAGAGAUAUUAAAGGGUCAAAUAUAUUGAUUGAUAGCGGCGGUAACAUCAAAAUUGCCGAUUUUGGAUUAGCAAGAAGAAUGAAAGAUGUUAGGCCUAAUGAAUCGCCAGACUAUACCAAUAGAGUGAUCACGCUUUGGUAUAGACCCCCGGAAUUGUUGAUGGGGGCGACAAAUUACGGCAGGGAAGUUGAUAUUUGGGGUAUUGGGUGUCUAUUGGUGGAGAUUUUUCUGAAACGGGCGAUCUUCCAAGGCACCGAAGAAAUUAAUCAGCUACAACUGAUAUUUGACAUUAUGGGGACCCCCAAUAUGGAUACCUGGCCAGAUAUUGAACGAUUACCAUGGUUUGAGUUAUUAAGACCAAAGUCUCGGAGACCAAAUAGAUUUCAAGAGUUGUUUGGCGAUGGGAAAGUUUUGCCAACUGAAGCGUGUUUUGAUUUGGCGGGAAAGUUACUCACAUUGAACCCUGCCACCAGAUUGGUGGCUAAGGAAGCACUAAAACAUGAAUAUUUCUCUGAAGACCCUCAACCGGAAUCGCUAAGUUUCUUGAAGAAGAUUGGUGAAUGGCAUGAAUUGGAUGCCAAGAAGCAAAGAAGAAAGCUUCGUAAACAAGAGGAAGAUAGAAGAAAGCAAUCGAAACAACAACAACAACAACAACAACAACAACAACAACAACAACAACAACAACAACAACAACAACAACAACAACAACAACAACAACAACAACAACAACAACAGCAACAGCAACAAUCACAGCAAACAAAAGAAGUUCAGUCACAAAAAGUAAAAGAGAUUUCCGAUGCGAUUAGCAGCGUUCACAGUGAUAAUAGUACGGCCAAGGAUCAAGAAACCGAUGCAGUGCCUUCGAUAGUUGAGCAAUCGAACGAAAAGGACAGUGAAGAACUGGUAGACUCCGAUGAGAAAAUGAAAGAUAAUGAGAAUACGAAAUCAUGA